AGGGUACUCAUCAACACUGACACAACAACAGCUCGCAAUUGUUGCCCGAUGGGUCUUUUGCCAGUGCUUGAGGAAUCGCAGGCCGCUCAAGCGCUUUUCGAAUAGCCAUGGCGAUGAUGCGGACCAGGACAAAAAGCCGAGGUAUGUGCCUCUGCCUCGGGAUCGCGUUGGCGCUGCUCCUGCAGCCGAGCACGGAGUCCCUUCUCGAUUCUCAAGACUUUGCGCGAGGAGUUCCUGGGCUGAAGGACAGCAUAUUGGUGGCAAAACGGCACCCGUUGCAUGCCGGAGUCGCUCGGCGCGCCCGGCCUGCGCAAGAGGACCGGCUGGAUCUCGAGAAGGUGGUCGCAGAAGCCAAACGGGUUGUGGACAACGGCACGCUGAAAGACAUGCGAGUGGUCAUUCGAAGAGUGAAGCUGGUAGAUCCAGCAGGGAAGUGGAAGGUUCGGGUUAAUAAGCCCGAGUUGGAGAAGCAGCUGCGGAAGUUUGUGGCGGAGGCCAAAGCAGCCAAAACGGCAUUGGAGGAGGACCUGCUCCUGGCGCGACAGCAGCGGAAGACGGCCCAGCGGCAGGUUGAGAGCGCCCAGCGGCAGGUUGAGACUGCCCAGGAGCAGGAAGCAAUGGCGGUGAGGCGUCUCGCUGGAGCUGCCACCGUUUUGGAGACGGCGGAGGACUCGGGCAAUGCGACAAAGGUGCAGGAGGCGGAGAGGAAGGUGGAGAAGGCGAAGAAGGAGGUUCAGGAGGCGAAGAAGGAGGUUCAGGAGGCGAAGAGGAAGGUCCAGGAGGCGAAGAAGGAGGUGCAGGAGGCGGAGAGGAAGGUGGAGAAGGCGAAGGAGGAGGUCAAGGAGGCGAAGGCAAGCGGCCGGACGAAGGAGUCCGAGGCGGAGCCACCCGACUCGAUAAAUCCAACAAUUGCUGAUGUCCUUACACUCCUCCGCACCCGAUUUUGGAGACAGGCACGGAGCAGUUGGUGCGAGAAGUUGCUCGCGAAGAAGUUGAAGUUUGGAGCAGCCGACCAACUGCUUGCAACAGUUGGGGCCACAUGGGACUAUUGUGGGAAGGAGGAGCUCCGUGAGCGCAUGCAGAUCCCCAUCCAGAAGCUGCACGAGCAAAAGGGGAAGAACAGUGACAAACAGCUUCAUCCUUUGUUCAUUGCAUUUGCAGGCCCAGGGCAAGGCAAGUCCCGGUUGCUGACAGAGUUCCCGGGCCUGGUCGAGCAGUGCUUGCAGAAUGUGUCUGAAAGGCAGAAACUGAAAUUCAGCAAGCAAACGACGAGCUUCAUGAUCAGCUGCGAGAACGCCCUCUCUCCCGGGGACUGGGCCACGGAGGAGCUCAAUGCCCAACGCUUUGUGGCAUGCCGCAUGCUGUGGCAGCUGAGGAAUGCAAACAAGGAGGCUUUUCGGGAGGUCGGCGCUCCAGCAGACUUCGCCGAAUUCCGCGUCGAAUGCUCCGAUAGCCUUGUUGCAGAGGAUGUCUUUGCAGCUGUGCUGUGUGAUGAGCUCAAUCAUUGCACGGUGGUGAUCGGAGUCGACGGGAUGCAAGGUCUGCCUGGAUUUACUGACCGCAGUGAUGCUGUGGGCAAGGACCUGCCAUUCUAUCAGGUGAUGCAGGAGGUCUGCCGCCUCGUCAACCAAAAGGAAGGCGCCUUUGUCGUAGCCUGUGUGGCCGCUUUGCAAAAUGUGAAGAGUGGACUUGCUGGCAGUCCCCAGGCCCGAGUUUUUCUGGAGCUGCCACGCGUGACCGCCGUAACCCGCAACAAACAGCCGGUGCUGCCCGGCCACCGCCUAAAAGACCUUCUGAUCGAAGACAUGGGCGGGCAUGGCAGAGCUUUGGAGUGCCUUCUAGAGGCCUUGAUGGAGAUGCCCAACGCUGCAGCAACUGCCUUGGUGGGUGCAGUUAUGAGACAAUUGAGGCAGAAAUAUCCCGACGCCAUUCAGCUUGAGCCGGAGGCAGACCUCAAGGAACUGCUUCGCGCAGCUGUUUCAGGCAGAUGGAUUUGGUCUGGAGACACGGUCGGCAAUCUAGAUCCUGAGAAGGUGGAGCUUAUUCGCGUUAAGUUCAAGGACGGCGACCCCUCCCAGUGCUUGUACCGCAUCGACUUGCCCUACAUUUGGUUGCACUUGAUGCUGAGUUCGCCUAAGUUCUCUGACGAUUUGCAACCGUGGAACUUGAUGGACUACCACUUGUUUGAGUCAGAACCAACCUGGCAACAGUGGGAAGAAUUCAAUGCCAGGUUUCGAGUGUUGCGAGCGUCUGCGUUUGAGGAUGGACAAGUAGUUGACAUUGCCGAUCUACACAGGGGUGCAGUGAUCCAGCCUGACAGCUUGAAAAGCACCAAGGUCAUCAACCGGCAUCUGCAAUUUGCCAAAUCCGGGACGUUGACUGACAAACGUGUUUUAGUGGUGAAUGCCGCCGGAGCUCCAGCUGCUGAUGCCUUUCUCAUGUUGGAAGAGGUGGGGGCAGAGGGCAACCAUCACACCAUCUCUGAAUGUUUGCAAUGCAAGAAGGGCGAGUCUCGAUUAGAAGCAUGCGACAAAGCUGACAUCCUGGUGCUUUUGAUGACAACGACAAACACUGUGCCACAAAGCGGCGGACAGCGCUUGAUCUUCGUAUCUGAAGCGCAGUACCAGGAGUACUUUGGCUUCUACGCUGGUAGAGCCUUCUAUCAAACCAGGGCGGCCAAACCUUGAAGGCUGAAUUGUUGCUGCUGUGCCAUUUCCUGGCCUAGAAUUGGAUCUCGGGGCUCAAAGAAUUGCGGAGCAUGAGG